AUGUUAAAAGGAAUUACCAACAGGCAGAAGCCAAAGGUGGCAGUUCGUCCUGAAUAUCUGCCUUUUAAAACUUCGGCCGAUAUCGUCGCAUUUGAUUUUGCUGGUGAUGAGGCGUACGACAAACUUGUAAAUUAUCUGAUCAGCCUAGGUGGUGUUAAUUACAUCGACUCAGCGGCCAGAUAUCUGAAGGAGUGCGUCAAGGUAGACGAGGACAUUUUUCGACAUGUCACUUGGAGUUCCUCCAAAAGAGAUGGUGUUCUGGCCUUGAAGGAAAGCAAGUUUGCCAAGGCUUGCAGGGUGGCAAUGCCGGCUGAUAAGAAGACCUUACUCGCGCCACAGGACGACGAUUUUACCAUUGCCAUGACAAGAGCAUUACAAAGCGCCAAGGAAGGCUUUCGUCGCAAGAUGAAGAGGCCUGCACAAAACCCUGCUCCUUGGGAUCAGCCAGAAGUUUAGCGUCAACGUCUCGAAGAACAGCAAUAACAAGAAGAGGCCAACGACCGUGAUGAUGGCGAGGGCAACGGCGCUAAUGCCAAGGACAACGGCGCUAAUGCUGAAGACAACGGCGCUAAUGCUGAAGACAACGGCGCUAAUGCUGAAGACAACGGCGCUAAUGCUGAAGACAACGGCGCUAAUGCCGAGGACAACAAUGGCCAACAGGACAACGAUGGCAGCGGCGACGAGAGCGACAACAGGAGCAGCGACGACAGCAGCACAGACGACAACAGCAGCGGCACCGAGGACGACAACCAUGGACGAGACUCCGACAGCGAUGCCACCGAUAUAUUUGGAGAAACUUAGUUUUAUACUUAAUUUUUUAUAAUUUCAGCCACUUCACUCACUCAUUCACUCACUCACUUCUUAUUCUAUUUAACAAAUGUAUUUCUUUUCAGCUAAAAAGUAUACAUGUUGCCUUUUAUAAUACAUUGUUUUAGUUGUUUUUUGUAAACAUGUGAACUUUUUUACGUUCUCUGACAUUUUAGUUCAAAAUUAUGUUUAUUUUUGUUUAUUUAUAUUUAAUCUAAAUAGAAAAAAUGUCAGGGGCCGUACGUGGAAGGGCUGCCGCUCAUGUGGAUGAACCUCACGGAGAGCGGCGAGGUCGAGGCCUCUCUCACCAUCCCCCUUAAAAAUCAUUAUAAUUCAAUUUACUCAAUAUUAUAAUACUCGUUGAUAGUUAUCUCUGCGUUUUUCUGUUUUUGAGCACAUCGUCGAUCCUGCAACAUCAUCAGGAUCAACCUGCAAGCAUGUCAGCCCUUGCAGUACCUGGGAAAUCCAGAUAGAGGAUUGCUGUAAAGAAGCUGCAGAGGAUCUAAACCAAUCUGUAUGGAUAGCAGGUGGCCUUCCAUCUUGCUGCCCGGAGUUCGAGAUACUACUCAGAUCUGUGAAAUCCCUAGCGGCAGCAGAAGUUACUACCCUUUAAAGACACUUUCUCAUGCCAUUUUUUUUCUGUCGAAGCAAGGUAGUUCAAAUUUUGCACAUAUACGGAGAGAUGCGAGCAGCAAAUCUAGCCACAACAUCAAGAGCUGACCGGAGUACCGAGAGAAGCAGUACCAGCAGCAGCUGUUUUUUCACCUCGCAGAUGGAAGAUUUACCCCAGGAGUCCAUCAACGAAGAAGAGAAAAUUUUUGCGUUGCUGCUUGUGACAAUAUAAUAAUAGAUAUAGCGAUAGAUUUAUUAUCUUUGUAUUGUACAGAUUUAUGUUUUUAAUAAUUACGAAAUUUUCGAUGUUUUGUAAAAUAGUGUUAAAUCUUUAUUAAAUUUGUUAUUGUAAAUAUUGCACUGUUAAAUGUUAUUGUAUUAAUAAUUAUAAGUAUUUUAUUAAAUUUAUAAUAAAAUUAUUUGUUUGCAAGUCAUUUAUAUUGGAGGCUCAUAUCCUCCAAUAAAUGCGGGCAGGCGCGUUCCCGGGAAUUUCGGGAAAUGCCUGCAACAAGCGGGCACGGAAUCUCAAAAAUGCCGGAAAAUGUCCGCACAAUACCCCCACAAACCCCCGUAUAUUGCCUGCACACGAUCGGCACGCGUGUCAAUUAAAAGCAAAUUUUUUUCAGAAUGCAAGCACGAUGCUGCCAAAUACUCGCCACAGUGCCUACAAAAGGCUUGCACGCAUGCAGCAUUUCAAAGCACGCCUGCCGUCAAAAUGCUCUUGCACAUACUCGUCAUAUGACCGGUAUCUGCACAGGUAC